AUGUCUCCUUUAAUGUGCUCACUUUCACAGUGCUCACAAAAUGUUUCCAAAAACAUUCAGGAAAUAUCCAAGAAGCUGCCAAAAUUACAAAGAAAUAAAACGUAUAAGACAUCCUCUCAUCGUAAUCUCUGUUAUCCGAUUUUCCUGCACAGGCGAGGAUUUCACAGUUCUUUGUUUCUUGCUAAAUCAGAUUCUAAUAAGCCUUCCGCUUGCAAGGAAAUGGAUGAACUCUGCAAACCGAUCGAGAUAAAGGAAGACUGUAGCAAACCUUGCAAGGAAAAGAGCGACGUUUGUUACCAAGAAAAGGUCAAGUGUGAUAAAUCACAGCGAAACAAGAAGACGAAACAAAAACACGAAACAAAGAUAGAGAAAAAGAUCAUGGAAUCCGAGUGUAAGAAGACUUGUCUGCCAAUAGGUAAGUGCGAACUGCCUCGAACUCUUCCACCACCGAAGAUGGAGUACGCAAAGGUAACGUGCGCCCCGCCGAAGUUUGCGAAGCUUAAAUCGUGUCCACAUCUGGAACACAUUCAGAAAGAUGAUGAAUUUGAUAAAAAAAUUAAACUGACUAAUCCCAAAAAGAAGAAAAUUUGUGCUCCACUUCCAUUGCCGAAGCCACCGAAUGCACCUAUUAUACUUUGUCCCUGUCCACCACCACCCAAACUACAUCCUGGCUCGUGUCCAUGCUAUGAGAUAAAAGCGUUAAAAGAGCGACCCCCGACACAACCAUGUCUGUUGAAGAAGAAAUAUCCCUGUCCCACUGACGUAUACUAUUGUCCUCCGCAAAAGAAGCCAUGCAAUCAAAUAAAACUUGAAUCUGAAAAAUGCGAACAUAGGAAGAAAAAGAAUACGUCGGCAUCUUGA